GUCACGUGACGGGGUGAGGGACUGAUUCCUUCUCCUUGGUCCUUAACCCUUAUUCUUGUUUCCCUUACACGGUUGCGCUUCUCUUUCUAGUGGGGUACAAACGCAGAACUAAUUUACCUUUCUUUUAUCUCUCAUCAUCAAAACAGGAUCAACUUAGGGUUUCUGGACUGUUAGAAAACAAUUCGAUCGAAGUCCGAAGAGGAUAACACGGCUUGGGCUUCCUGUCCUGAGGCUAGGAUUUUUUGGAGUCAUGCAACUCACUCUCGAGUUCGGUGGUGGGCUUGAGCUUCUUUGCCAGUCAGUUAAGAUACACAAGGUUGAUGUUGAUAUGCCAGAUGGAGAAAAGAAGUUAACAAUGAGAAACUUGCUGUCUUGGGUUCGUACUAAUUUGAUCAAGGAGAGGCCUGAAAUGUUCAUGAAAGGAGAUACAGUGAGACCUGGUGUUCUAGUCCUCAUAAAUGAUUGCGAUUGGGAAUUAAGUGGUCAGCUUGAUUCACCGAUAGAGGAGAAGGAUGUGGUAGUUUUUAUUUCGACAUUGCAUGGAGGAUAAAGUCUUUAGAGAUGUGGUCUCUUUUUUAAUUGUGCCACUGCUACUUACUUGAUUGUAUUCUUUCUUUAGCAUAAGGUCUGCCCAAUUUCUUGUUGCCAGAGGCAUUUGUCAUAUUAGAGCAUUUAGAAGAAGUAAUGUUUAUACUGUUUCUUUAGCAUGGUCGCCUCUGUAACAAUUUUCUGUGUUAUUUAUUGAGGCACAGUAUUUCUGCCGUUUGCA